UUGGAAUGGCUGAGGUGGCUUUUAUUUGAAGAUUCCCGAGCGGAAGUCGUGCGGCGUGCGGAAGUGAGCCGGCCGGCUUUACUCGCCUUAUAUAAGCGGCAUUACCCUUCGAGCAUACCGGCCGUGCUGCUACACCCCCCAACCACCGCCACUGAGAGGGACCACAAUCCAAACAUGACGGCUCCAUCAAACUCGACCCACGCUGUGCCGCAGGAGCAACGCUUUUUGGUGCUGUUUGACUUCGAUGAGACCAUCAUCAAUGAAAAUAGUGACGAAGCUGUGGUGCAGGUUCUGCCGGGGAAGCAGCUCCCCACCUGGCUGACCGAGAGCUACCGGGAAGGGCACUACUCCGAGUACAGUCAGAAGAUCUUGGCCUACAUGGCCGAUCAGGGUGUGUCUAAAGAAGCCAUCCAUUCAGCGGUAGAGAAGAUCCCCGCCACUGCUGGCCUUCUCAACCUCUUCCAGUUCCUGCAGAACCACCAGCAGGACUUUGAGCUUGUGGUGGUCUCUGAUGCCAACACCUAUUUUAUUGAAACGUGGCUGAAGCACGCUGGGGUGCGUCACCUGUUCAGGAAGGUUUUCACUAACCCAGGCGAGUUUGAUGCCGCCGGUCGACUUGUCCUGCAACCCUUCCACUCCCACUCAUGCCCCCGCUGCCCAGUCAACAUGUGUAAGCAGGCAAUCCUCCGGGAGUAUCUUGCGGUCCGAGAGAAGGAGCGUGGCGGUUCCCCAUUCUCCAGGGUGUUUUAUAUCGGAGACGGGGCCAAUGACGUGUGCCCCACUCAGGCCCUGCGCCCCGACGACACCGCCUACCCCAGGAAGGACUUCCCAAUGCACGAGCUGCUGCUGGAGAUGCAGAAAUCCCAGGGUGAUAAGUUGAAGGCAAAGGUUGUCCCGUGGGUCAGCGGUGAGGACAUUGUGGACAGCCUGAAAAAUAUUACGGAGGAAAGAUGAAAACUAUUUGCCUCUGCAUCGAAAGGAGUUAAACAGAAAGGGAAAAACUAAAGCAGUGCACCAACUGCAUGUGAGAAGUGUGACUUUAGGCUAGCUAAAAACGGCACGAUUUGUAAAGAUAUACGUAAACAAUAUGAGUGCUCUUUUAAUCUUUAUUUAAAGUAUUUUAUGUUUCAUGCCGCAUUAGAACAAUCACUAACAUCCAGAUGAGUCAAUUUGUAGGUUAGGUUCAUCAUGAUUCUAAUCUAUCAAUCACUAAAAUCCAAGUCCCAAAACUUCACAUUAGAUUUUAACCAAAGUUAUUUGAUGACACCUUAGAUCACCCCCUUUAACAAACUGUCCCAUUAAGAGUGGAUAUAGUUUACAUGUGAAUAUAUCAGUAUUUCAUGUCUGAAAUGUUAGCAGGAAAAAUCUGAAUUGUACAAGUGUAGCUGGAAACAAUUUGACGUUCAUACUUCAGUACAGGCCUCGAUGAUGGACACACAAGGAGGAUCGGGUGUUACCACUCUGGCUGGGACAAAAGACCACACAUGUUGUGUCAGGCUUGGGACAACGACGGCAUCAAACAGGGAUAAAGUUGCAGAAACUCCAGCUCACUACCUGUUACCUAAUCCAAGGAUUGAUUAUACAACAGUAAUCUACACCAGCAUAUAAUGCUGAGGCCGGGCACCGGCUAUUGGGCCCGGUACCAUACCCAACAAAGCAUUGAAAAACAGUCUUGUUUUGAUUUUAACGUUUGUGAGUGUUGUUAUUAGCUAAUACUUGCUAAACAUAAACCACAUUAGAACUUCCAGGGAAUAUUUGUAUCCUCUUUCAAUUCAAGCACCAGCUCUGUGUGGAAAUGUGUCCUGUGACAUUAUUAACUAAACAUGUCAACAUUAUGACAGAGAAAGAAAAUUGUACUGGGGAUACAAUCAGAAAUCUGUUUGUGGUAUUUCAGAAAAACGCUCAAAUUUAAAUGAAUCUUGUGCAACAGGGUCCAUAAUUAGCAUUUUUCUGACAAUAGUGUCUUGUGUUACAAACAAUACUGAACUUGUGUCAAUUUUCUGCAGCCUACUGAUCCUUUCAAGAACAGCUCCAUCAGCAACACAGGUCAGAUGCUGCGUGAAAUGUCAAACGAAACACAACGUAAUCAUAAAAACCCAUUAUUCAAAAAUGAGACACAGAAAACACAUCACUGGUGAAAGUGGAACAUUAUACCAUUUCAUAGACGAUGUAAGAUCAGCGUCAUCUGCUCAUCAUGGUGGCAUUUCUGCCCCAUUUUCACACGAACACGCAUUUGCAGGCUUUGCCUUUAUGAGACAUUUCCCUGCCCUGAAUUCAAAAUGAGCUUCCCACUAACUAAUUAAUCUUCUGCUUUUAACCAAUGUUUUUUGUAUGUGUUCUAUUUUGGGUAAACUGUUAGUUUAUGAAACUAGCAGAUUUCGUUCUGUCUUUCGUGACAUUUUACAAAGCAGACCAAAGUUUUGCAGAUUCUCACCAUUACAGCAGUCAGUAGGAGAAUUUGGAUGCUGAUUGAAGAAGUAGAAAAGAAACAUUAAGUCUGUUUGUUAACUGUAAUAGCCUUAACAAACAAUAAAACGAAUAAUAAAGUGAAUGUCUUUUUACAGGUGUUUUAGUAUCUCAGGGAAUAGAGACGACAACAAACAAAGCUGAUUUUAUGUUCGUUUACACCUUAUAAUUGCUGUUCUAAGAACAAAUGUAGUUUUUAUUUGUGACAGAAAAAGUAGCUUUUCUGGAGAUUUGAUAGUCAGGCCCAGCAGGGCCCUGAAAGAACUUUGAAAUCAAGAUUUAAUCCAUUAAUGCUGCCUGACAAGGAGACUAAAGUCUGUGAGCUUACCUCCAUUUUCUGGUUGUGGAAAAUGUCCCAGCUUAUGUGUGUACCUGUAGGUCUGUGCAAUGACUAGAUGCUGUAUUCUGAAAAUGAAAAAAGAGGUUAAACACCAAGUGAAACUUGACCUGUUCAUGUAUGCAAACUGAUCCCAGAUCUUAAAAUCACUGUUUUAGAAAAAAACAUUUAAAACCUCUUGAAACACCUAAAUAAAACGUUGUGUUUCUGCCAAGCUGAUCCUUUUCCUUUCUGAGGUGUGUUCACACUGUGGGACAUUUUUUGUGUUUAAUCAGUCAGUGUAAAUGCAUUAAUGUAACGGGAAUAUAAAGCCAUUCUGUGAAUAAAUGUUUGUGCUUUAUUUCUGGAAACCAAGACUAAAAGGAAUCGUACACUAAAGUCUCAAUGAAGAUUAAUUGGACUCAUCAUAGCUCUGUAGCUUGCAUUUAAAUUCCAUUUUCACCGUUUUGUAGUUGUUAGUUGCAUGUUUGAUAUACAUGAUAUGAACAAUUUUCAGCAAGGAAGCCAUGGUAGCAACUAAAAUAAAUGAAU